GCGCUGCGCCCGGUUCCGCCAUUGCGGCUCUGCCUGCCUCGGGAGCCUCCGCCCCCGGCCCUCCCGUCCGCCUGCCCGCCGCCCAGCACAGCCCGUUCCCCCUCUCCUCCUCUCCCUUUCCCUCUCCCUCUCCUCCUCCGCGGAGCGCUCCGGAGGCCUCAGCCUCGGCCCCCCCCCCCCCUCCCCGGUGACAGGAGGAGACCGGCGCCAUGGCUCAGAUCCUGCCCAUCCGCUUCCAGGAGCAUCUCCAGCUCCAAAAUCUGGGUAUCAACCCAGCAAACAUCGGCUUCAGCACUCUGACUAUGGAGUCAGACAAAUUCAUCUGUAUUAGAGAGAAAGUAGGAGAACAGGCACAGGUGGUAAUCAUCGACAUGAAUGACCCAAGUAAUCCUAUUCGCCGACCGAUUUCAGCCGACAGUGCCAUCAUGAAUCCAGCCAGCAAAGUCAUUGCUUUGAAAGCUGGGAAAACCCUUCAAAUCUUUAACAUUGAGAUGAAAAGUAAGAUGAAGGCCCACACUAUGACAGAUGACGUCACCUUCUGGAAAUGGAUAUCGCUGAACACUGUUGCUCUUGUCACGGACAAUGCAGUCUAUCACUGGAGCAUGGAAGGAGAGUCUCAACCAGUGAAAAUGUUUGAUCGUCAUUCUAGCCUUGCGGGGUGUCAGAUCAUCAAUUAUCGUACUGAUGCGAAGCAGAAAUGGUUGCUUUUAACUGGCAUAUCCGCACAGCAAAAUCGAGUGGUGGGGGCCAUGCAGCUCUACUCUGUAGACAGGAAAGUGUCUCAGCCCAUUGAGGGCCACGCGGCCAGUUUCGCACAGUUUAAGAUGGAAGGAAAUGCCGAAGAGUCGACACUGUUCUGUUUUGCAGUAAGGGGACAAGCUGGCGGCAAGUUGCAUAUCAUUGAAGUGGGAACACCACCUACAGGAAACCAACCAUUUCCUAAGAAAGCAGUUGAUGUAUUUUUCCCUCCCGAGGCACAAAACGACUUUCCCGUGGCAAUGCAGAUCAGUGAAAAGCAUGAUGUGGUUUUCCUGAUUACCAAAUAUGGCUACAUUCACUUGUAUGACCUCGAGACUGGCACGUGCAUCUACAUGAAUCGAAUCAGUGGGGAGACGAUUUUUGUAACGGCGCCUCACGAAGCCACAGCUGGAAUUAUUGGCGUAAACCGCAAGGGACAAGUGCUGUCAGUAUGUGUGGAGGAAGAAAACAUAAUUCCUUACAUCACAAACGUGCUUCAGAAUCCCGAUCUGGCUUUGAGGAUGGCUGUACGCAACAACUUAGCUGGAGCCGAAGAACUCUUUGCCCGAAAAUUUAAUGCUCUCUUUGCCCAGGGGAACUACUCAGAGGCAGCCAAAGUGGCUGCAAACGCACCAAAGGGAAUCCUACGUACUCCAGACACCAUUCGUCGGUUCCAGAGUGUUCCUGCCCAGCCGGGUCAGACUUCUCCCCUGCUCCAGUAUUUCGGGAUCCUGUUGGACCAGGGCCAGCUGAACAAAUACGAGUCCUUAGAGCUCUGUAGGCCUGUGCUUCAACAGGGUCGGAAACAGCUGUUGGAGAAAUGGUUGAAAGAAGACAAGCUGGAAUGCUCGGAAGAAUUGGGAGAUCUGGUGAAGUCCGUGGAUCCGACGCUGGCACUUAGCGUGUACCUAAGAGCAAAUGUGCCAAACAAAGUUAUUCAGUGUUUUGCCGAAACGGGUCAAGUCCAGAAGAUUGUCUUAUAUGCAAAGAAAGUGGGUUAUACUCCAGACUGGAUCUUUUUGCUGAGAAAUGUAAUGCGAAUUAGCCCCGACCAGGGACAACAGUUUGCUCAAAUGCUGGUUCAGGAUGAAGAGCCUCUUGCUGAUAUCACACAGAUUGUUGAUGUGUUUAUGGAGUACAACCUAAUUCAACAAUGCACAGCAUUCCUGCUAGAUGCCCUGAAGAACAAUCGCCCUUCAGAGGGGCCUCUUCAAACACGCUUACUGGAGAUGAACCUCAUGCACGCCCCGCAAGUUGCAGAUGCUAUUUUAGGCAAUCAGAUGUUCACCCAUUAUGACCGAGCUCACAUUGCUCAGCUGUGCGAGAAGGCUGGUCUGCUGCAGCGAGCGCUGGAACACUUCACAGAUCUGUAUGACAUUAAGCGUGCGGUGGUUCACACUCACCUUCUCAAUCCUGAGUGGCUAGUAAAUUAUUUCGGCUCCUUAUCGGUAGAAGAUUCCCUGGAGUGUCUGCGGGCCAUGCUCUCUGCCAAUAUUCGUCAGAACUUGCAGAUUUGUGUCCAAGUAGCUUCCAAGUAUCACGAGCAGCUCUCCACCCAAUCGUUGAUUGAACUCUUUGAAUCUUUCAAAAGUUUUGAAGGUCUAUUUUAUUUCCUGGGCUCCAUUGUUAACUUCAGUCAGGACCCAGACGUACACUUCAAAUAUAUUCAGGCUGCCUGUAAGACUGGGCAGAUUAAAGAGGUGGAAAGAAUUUGCAGGGAAAGCAACUGCUAUGAUCCAGAACGUGUCAAAAACUUCCUCAAGGAAGCAAAGCUGACCGACCAGUUACCGCUUAUCAUUGUCUGUGAUAGAUUUGACUUUGUUCAUGAUUUGGUGCUCUACUUGUACAGAAAUAACCUUCAGAAAUAUAUUGAGAUUUAUGUACAGAAGGUGAAUCCAAGCCGGCUUCCUGUUGUUAUUGGCGGGUUGCUUGAUGUGGAUUGUUCAGAAGAUGUCAUAAAGAACUUGAUCCUAGUUGUGAGAGGUCAAUUCUCUACUGACGAACUUGUUGCUGAAGUUGAGAAAAGAAACAGGUUAAAACUGCUUCUGCCUUGGCUAGAAGCCAGAAUUCAUGAAGGUUGUGAGGAGCCCGCUACUCACAACGCCCUAGCCAAAAUCUACAUCGAUAGCAACAACAACCCAGAAAGAUUUCUGCGUGAAAAUCCAUACUACGACAGUAGAGUUGUUGGGAAAUACUGUGAGAAGAGAGACCCUCACUUGGCGUGUGUGGCUUAUGAGCGUGGCCAGUGUGAUAUAGAACUUAUAAAUGUGUGCAACGAGAACUCACUUUUCAAAAGUCUGUCCCGUUACUUAGUACGACGCAAAGAUCCAGAACUUUGGGGCAGUGUGUUGCUGGAGAGCAAUCCUUACCGGAGGCCUCUUAUCGACCAGGUUGUACAGACAGCCCUGUCUGAGACUCAGGAUCCCGAAGAGGUGUCCGUAACCGUCAAGGCUUUCAUGACUGCAGACCUUCCCAAUGAACUUAUUGAACUGUUGGAGAAAAUUGUGCUCGACAACUCUGUGUUCAGUGAACACAGGAAUCUGCAAAACCUCCUAAUUCUCACGGCAAUUAAAGCUGACCGAACCCGUGUCAUGGAAUACAUCAACCGUCUGGAUAACUACGAUGCUCCAGAUAUUGCUAACAUCGCCAUCAGCAAUGAGUUGUUUGAGGAAGCAUUUGCCAUUUUCAGGAAAUUUGAUGUGAACACUUCUGCUGUGCAGGUCUUGAUUGAACAUAUCGGGAAUCUGGAUCGUGCAUAUGAGUUUGCCGAGCGCUGUAACGAACCUGCCGUCUGGAGUCAACUAGCAAAGGCCCAGUUACAGAAAGGGAUGGUGAAAGAAGCCAUCGAUUCUUACAUCAAAGCUGACGACCCCUCAUCCUACAUGGAGGUUGUUCAAGCUGCCAAUACUAGUGGAAACUGGGAGGAACUGGUGAAGUAUCUGCAGAUGGCCCGUAAGAAGGCUCGCGAAUCUUACGUGGAGACAGAACUGAUCUUUGCUCUUGCUAAAACAAACCGUCUGGCUGAACUGGAAGAAUUCAUCAAUGGGCCCAACAAUGCCCACAUCCAGCAAGUUGGUGACCGCUGCUAUGAUGAGAAAAUGUAUGAUGCUGCUAAAUUGUUGUACAACAAUGUUUCAAACUUCGGUCGUCUGGCCUCGACUCUGGUUCAUCUGGGUGAAUAUCAGGCAGCCGUUGAUGGGGCCCGGAAAGCUAAUAGCACUCGAACAUGGAAGGAGGUCUGCUUUGCUUGUGUGGAUGGCAAAGAAUUUCGUCUAGCUCAAAUGUGUGGGCUUCACAUCGUGGUUCAUGCAGACGAAUUGGAAGAACUCAUCAACUACUAUCAGGAUCGUGGCUACUUUGAAGAGCUGAUUACCAUGUUGGAAGCAGCCCUGGGACUUGAACGAGCUCACAUGGGAAUGUUCACUGAACUGGCCAUCCUCUACUCUAAAUUCAAACCUCAAAAAAUGAGGGAACACUUGGAGCUGUUCUGGUCCAGAGUGAAUAUCCCCAAGGUGCUAAGAGCAGCAGAACAAGCUCAUCUUUGGGCAGAGCUGGUGUUUCUGUAUGACAAGUACGAAGAAUAUGAUAAUGCUAUAAUCACUAUGAUGAAUCAUCCAACAGAUGCGUGGAAGGAAGGUCAAUUUAAAGAUAUUAUCACCAAGGUGGCCAAUGUGGAACUCUACUAUAGAGCAAUACAGUUCUAUCUAGAAUUCAAACCUCUGUUACUAAAUGAUCUGCUGAUGGUACUUUCUCCACGGUUGGAUCAUACUCGUGCUGUCAACUAUUUCAGUAAGGUUAAACAGUUGCCACUGGUCAAACCGUACUUGCGCUCAGUUCAGAACCAUAACAACAAAUCUGUGAAUGAGUCUCUGAAUAACCUGUUCAUUACAGAAGAAGAUUACCAGGCGCUGCGGACAUCAAUAGAUGCCUAUGACAACUUUGACAAUAUUUCCCUUGCUCAACGCCUGGAAAAACACGAGUUGAUAGAGUUCAGAAGAAUUGCCGCAUAUCUCUUCAAAGGCAACAAUCGCUGGAAACAGAGUGUAGAACUGUGCAAAAAGGAUAGGCUUUACAAGGAUGCGAUGCAGUAUGCCUCCGAAUCGAAAGAUACAGAGUUGGCAGAAGAGCUCCUGCAAUGGUUUUUACAGGAAGAAAAGAGAGAAUGCUUUGGGGCUUGUCUCUUCACCUGUUAUGAUCUUUUAAGGCCAGAUGUUGUCUUGGAAACUGCCUGGAGGCAUAAUAUCAUGGACUUUGCCAUGCCCUACUUCAUUCAGGUCAUGAAGGAAUAUUUGUCCAAGGUUGAUGCAAUAAAGGAAAAGGUGGAUAAACUGGAUGCCUCUGAGUCUCUGAGAAAAGAAGAGGAGCAAGCUACUGAGACCCAGCCUAUUGUAUAUGGCCAGCCGCAGUUGAUGUUGACAGCAGGACCCAGUGUUGCUGUUCCUCCACAAGCACCUUUUGGCUAUGGCUACACCGCCCCUCCCUAUGGACAGCCACAGCCUGGUUUCGGAUACAGCAUGUAAUGUGGAAAGCUGACUGCAAGCUGGCUAUUUUAUUAUGGAAACUCCACCGUCCCUACCUGCUUUUCAGUUCAUUACAGGGGGAAAAAAAAAAAGCAACAGAGUUUUGCUUCAUGUUCUUGUAACCUUUGUUUCAUGAAGGACUAUUUUUUUUUUCUAGCACAAACUUGGAUCACCUUUGUUUAAACCUCUAUUUCACAUUCCAUGUCAUCCUAAGAGUUUUCAAAAGGGGAAUAGUCGAAAUGUUCACGUGGGCUCUCUUCCUCUCCCCCUCCCUCCUUUGCAGAACUGCUUCUUAACAUUCAAACAGUCUGUUGUGAAGACCCCGAUUUGCACUCUGUAGUGUUAAAACUCUAAUAUUGAAUCUCUUAAAUUCAGUGUAUGUGAGCAGCUUACAAUACGUACCGUCUAAAUGCAUUUAAGUCUCAUUGUAUAUUCGAAGAAAAGCUAAGCAAAAAUAUUGGUAUAUGACCACGCAAGACUGCCAAUGCCAACAGACAACACUAAUGGGCUUAUCUUACACUGGUUGGAUUGCAUAGCUCUUCAGGUGAUUAUUUUAAAAUGCAUACAGACAACCUUGCCUGAUCUUUUUUUUUUUUUAAAUGAGCAAAAGUUCCCCUAACCUAUGCAGGUUUUCCAGUUAUGCAUAUAGAAAAUGCUAGUGUGUUUUGCUCACUCCAUAUGUAACAGAUGCCCUUUUGUUGUGCUGUAUCCUGUGCUUUUUUUUUUUUUUUUUGUGGGACCAUUCCAUUGAGGAACAAAGUGCACCAUGAUUCCAAUCUGUGUGUAUUUACUAACCCUUCCCUAAGGUUUGUGUAUGUUGGAUAUUGUGGUGUUUUAGAUCACUGAGUGUACAGAAGAGAGAAUUCAAACAAAAUACGGCUGUUCAGUUUUGUGCAAUUUGAAAUUACUCAAAUUUAAAAUAAAUCACUGGACUGUGGACAUCCUGUAUAGUGGUAUAGUUUUAUGUAUCUUCCAAACUUAACACAAGCCAGACCAAAAAAAAAAUGGAGUUGUUUGGUUAGGAAUUGAGGCAGUGAUGAAGAUUAAGAUUGGCGUUAGGGUUGGGGAGUGGGAGAUGGAAUACAGGAUUCAGCAUUUGCAUCGUAUUUUCCUGUAACUCAAGGUACUGUACAAUUUAAAGAACAAAGCACUGCGGCAGUUGACUAUUUCAGUCAUUUACAGAAUCUUCACUGAGUGAUUCUUUAGGUUUGUAUCCAAGUGUUUCAGUUAAUUUGAUAAAUCAUGUGUAGGUAUGUUAAGUUGCCUUAAUAUAUUAGCUUCAAAUAAAAAUGACUUAAAUGUUUGACUCGAA